AUGAAAACACUCACUGAAAUGUUAACCGAACGAGAAGCAAUCGCGCAACUCUGUGAGACUAUUCUUGAUGAGGGGACAGAACACUGGGGUGUUAAGGUGGAGCGUGUAGAAGUGAAAGAUAUCCGUCUACCUCAGCAAUUGACUCGAGCGAUGGCUGCUGAAGCAGAAGCAGCUCGU